GGCUGGUCUCAAACUCCUGGACUCAAGUGAUCCACCUCCCUCAGCCUACCGGCAUGAGCCACCACACACAGCCAGAUUAUUCUUUUGGUCUAGGCAUGCCCCCUUCUAGCUUCCGUUCUAACGCACUCAUCGGCGUGGAGAGGGAAGUGAAUGGCAGCCUGUCAGUCCCGCAAAGGCUUCUGAGAUUAUCUGGUUCAACAUGUUACGUGUGGUAAAACUGAGGCUCAGGAGUUCAAAUGGGCUUAUGCAAGGUCAUACGGGGAACUAGAGGCCCCAGACCUCCAGCCUGGGCCUUAGUCAUCUGGCCAAUGGCCCACAGUCCCCAGGCCAGGCUGCCAGAAGGGCAAGGAGGUGAAAAGGAAUUGCAACUAGAAUUUAUGGUGUAUAUACAUGUUAGAUGCUAACUGCAAUGAGGCCUUGAAUGCCAAGUUGCUCACAGACCCACCCAGCAGCAGCUCGGCCUGGGAGUGACAGGUGAGAGGGAGCAAAGGGCAGCUGGGGUGGGCAUGGAGCUGGCUGGGUGUGUCCCAGGCCUCUCCCUCUCAUCUCUAGGCCUCACCUAUCAGCGCUUCCUUCCUGGGCAGGGCUGAGGAUUCACUCACUGCCCACGGCCGGCCAGGCAGGGACAGGAGAAUGAGAGGCCUCCGCUGGCGUUACACUCGGCUGGUAAGGGUUCCAGCUCCGGCUGUGGUGCAGCCCACCCAGGUGGAGGACACCCUGUCUGGGGAGGAGGGUAACAAGGAGGAAGAGGAGGAGGAGGCAGCUCCAGACCCGGCUGCUGCUCCUGAGGAUCCCAUGGUGCCCCAGCUGACAGAAGCCAGCCAAGUUUUGAGUGCCUCAGAUAUUAGGCAGCUCAGCUUUCACUUCCCACCAAGAGUCACCGGCCAUCCCUGGAGUCUGGUCUUCUGCACGUCGAGGGACGGUUUCAGCCUGCAGAGCCUGUACCGGCGGAUGGAGGGCUGCAGCGGGCCAGUGCUGCUGGUGCUCAGAGACCAGGACGGGCAGAUAUUUGGAGCCUUCUCCUCCUCGGCUAUCCAACUCAGCAAAGGCUUCUAUGGUACCGGCGAGACAUUCCUCUUCUCCUUCUCACCACAGCUGAAGGUCUUUAAGUGGACUGGAAGCAACUCUUUCUUUGUGAAGGGAGACUUGGAUUCACUGAUGAUGGGCAGUGGCAGUGGCCGGUUUGGGCUGUGGUUGGAUGGAGACUUGUUUCACGGGGGAAGCUCCCCUUGCGCAACCUUUAACAACGAGGUGCUGGCCCGGCGGGAGCAGUUCUGCGUCCAGGAGCUGGAGGCCUGGCUUCUCAGCUGAUGGCCCUGCGGCAACAGGUACUCAGCCCUGCUCACGAUGCCACCCAGGCCUUCCUGACACACGGCAGCCUGUGCUGUUCGAAACACAGAUGCUGAAGGGCCCUAGAGUUGGCUGAGGCUGCUGGCCAGCCUCCUUGUGGCCUGGGGACCCAAGAUACAGGUGGGGGCAGGCACUGCUGUUUUGCAGAGGUGACUCUGAAGGAUUAAAAGAUGCUUACACCUUACCCAAGCAGCACCGAGACCCUAAGCUAACAGGGCCUUAGAAAACUAAGAAAAAUCCGCAUCCCUUCCCAUGCUAGUGCCUGCCUCCUGGCAAAGGGAAGAUUUUUCACUAUGCUGUUCCCCGCCAGCUACUGAACGAGGAAAACCAACCUCAUGAACAUUAUCAUUUUAGAGGUUCUACAACGAAUUCAUGUUUAUAGUAGAAAAACCAGAAGACAUUAAAAAAAAUGAAAAUUGCCUAAAAUUCAACCCCCCCAACUCUAACAUUUUCAUGUAUAUCCUUCCAGACAAUGUUCCAUGAAUAUGUGUGUGUGUGUAUUCUUACAGAAAUGGGAUUCUACUCUGUAUGUGUGGGAAUGAUUUUAACUUACAGAAUAUUGUCAAACCUUAGAAACCCGGGCUUGAGCACUGGAACUAAUAAAGACUCUAGCAGCAUCAUUCCUCCUCUGGCCUGCUGCAGAACGUUGAGGCCCUUUUGUCUGCCACCAGUGCCAGGUUCUUGUGAAUCUGCUAUUUAAUUUGAUGAGGAAGGUAUGAAAGGAGCAAAUGAGUAAUAUGCAUAUUCAGACAAGGAGGUCGAAAGCUUUGUGGAACACAACUUUCAAAAUGGAGAUACAUUCAUGAAGCUUUAUUGCAGCUGUUUCCCUUACCCAGUUGAAGUGGCCAGUCAUUUUAAUUUGCAGUUCUAUUUACAUUCCCAGGGUAACCACGUUCAGUAACUCUCUAGAGGCUAAGCUGUUAAAAUUUCCAUUUUUAUACAAAUAGCGAAGAUGUUUCUUUCCUUUUUUUUUUUUUUUUUGUUUGA